AUGACACCAGCUCUUCUCACUGCCGUGGAUUCUACCUCCCACGUUCACCUUAUCAUUGGAUCGAAUCCCCUCGCCGCAGCCAGAUGUACGCGAUCCGUCCAUGUCGGCGCGCGGCCGAAACUAAUUGCACCUGCAAACGCCGAGCUGCAUUAUAGUGUGCAAAAGCGCAUUGAAGAUGGCGAGGUGGAAUGGAUACAACGAGAGUUUCAGGAGGACGACCUCCAGCAGCUGGGCAGAGAAGAGAUUGACCGUGUAGUGGACGCAGUGUUUGUCACAUUAAGCCCAAAAGAUCCAUUGAGCGCACACAUCUCAUCUCUUUGCCGCCGCCUUCGUAUCCCAGUCAACGUCGCUGACGCUCCUAAUCUCUGCACAUUUACCCUUCUUUCCACACAUACCGAUGGCCCUUUGCAGAUUGGCAUCACAACCUCUGGACGCGGGUGCAAAUUAUCGUCUCGCAUUCGGCGCGAAAUCGCCGCUGCAUUGCCCAAGGGGCUUGGUGACGCAGUCGAACGCUUAGGUACGGUGCGACGCAGAAUAUGGGAAGAAGAUCAUCGAAGCAAGGCUACAGACGGCGGCGAGCUCGAAGUCGAAGAAGACGAGACCGGUCAAAGCGCGACAUUCAAUCAACUUGUACAACCCGAAGACGAAGAUGCCAUUCGUUCCCGGCGGAUGCGCUGGCUCAGCCAAAUCUGCGAAUACUGGCCUUUACGCCGUUUAGCCAGUAUCUCUGACAAGGACGUUGACGCUGUUCUGCAAAGUUAUACUGGCCGCCGACCAAGCCACAAGGAAUCAGCAAACGACCUGACAAGGCGCGGGCUUAUGGUCCUCGCGGGCUCUGGGCCCGGCAACCCCGACCUCCUCACGACCGCAACCCACAAGGCCAUUCUCGCCGCGGACUUGAUUCUUGCCGACAAACUCGUGCCCGCACCCGUUCUCGACCUCGUUCCGCGGCGGACACCAGUGUACAUUGCGCGCAAAUUCCCCGGCAACGCAGACAAGGCGCAAGAAGAGCUUCUGGAAAUGGGCCUCGAGGGUCUACGAGCCGGCAAAGUUGUCGUUCGUCUCAAGCAAGGAGACCCCUACAUUUAUGGCCGCGGCGCAGAAGAAUACGACUUUUUCCGCGCACAUGGAUACACACCUGUAGUUUUGCCUGGCAUUACAUCUGCUUUUUCUGCGCCCUUGUUCGCCGCCAUCCCGCCUACCCAUCGCGGCGUCGCCGAUCAGAUUCUUGUUUGUACCGGUACGGGUCGAAAGGGCGCGGCUCCGGAUCCCCCGGCCUAUGUCAAAUCCCGAACUGUCGUCUUCUUGAUGGCCCUGCACCGCCUGGGAGACUUGGUCGACUCGUUGGUUAAUUUCAAGCCGACCUCGCCGGUGUCCUCCACCGCUACAGGAGCAUGGCCCGCGUCUACGCCCUGCGCGGUCAUUGAACGCGCCAGCUGUCCCGACCAGCGCGUCAUCAGGACGACUCUCGAAUACGUCUGUGCCGCGGUCGAAGAAGAAGGCAGCCGGCCGCCUGGAUUGUUGGUCGUGGGGAACAGUUGUGACGUUUUGAUGCCUAUUCCGGCCACAAAAAGAAAAUGGGUCGUCGAAGACGGAUUCAAAUCCUACGACGACUUGAUGGCCGCAUGCACCGGCGUGGGCGACUUGUCUGCAUUGGAUUCACUAAAGGAAGUUGAAGUCCAGCCCGAGUCCUAG